CGUAGAGAUGUGUACAGAGAAGGAGCGAGGCACAGAUAGAUAGCCAGCUUGAAGAAUCUAGCUACCGAUAAUAGAAACGGGGUAAAUGUGGACAUGUAGCAUUUGUUGGACUUGAGUUCGUGGAUCAUUGGCAGGACACCUAUCUUUCCGUCAACCGGCGUGGAGGGGCCUAUUAUUGGAAGAGUGAAACACGCCACACCACUGAAGGCAAUCUCCCAAACAAGAAUGGGGUCUAACGUUAGAUCUUUCAGUCUAAGGUAAAGUGACCUCUGAUCGUGGUACCUAAUGGCAAAUUUCACGAAUUUCCAAGAGGGCAAAGUUGGUAUGUUGAUGUUGGAGACACAGCAGAGGGGUUUGGGGACUAAAUCUUCGGCCACUGCGGCCAACGGCGACACCUCUACCGGGGAACCCUCAUCUCCCCUAAUUAAUAUCGGCGGCGCUCGAUUCCCACAUCCACCAGCUUCCAACGUUCAAAACACCCAGUCGAAGGAUCAUCAACAGUACCACACGUCAGCGCAGCAACACUUUUCAAAUGAGAAAAGACACCUCGACUCACCGGUGAGAAACUCCUCGUCCCCCUCGAUUAACCCGCUAAUGAUCGAUGAUGAUUCUCCAGCGUCUGUCAGCAGCGCACAAACUGUAGCCACAGCCACCGGUGCUGCGAAUGCUAACGUUAGUCCCAUCACAUUUUCUGACGGGGUGGACGACAUCAGAAAGUGUGGCUACCUGAGAAAGCAAAAACACGGACAUAAAAGGUUUUUUGUGUUGCGAGCCGCGAGCCACCUCGGGCCGAGCCGAUUGGAAUAUUAUGACAGCGAAAAGAAGUUUCGAAAUAGCCUCCGAUCUGCUGCUGCUGCUGCCGCUGCUGCUGCCGCCUCUUCCACAUCUGUGUCUUCAGGCGGGACCGCAACCACCUCUCCAAAAAGGGUUAUUUAUCUCUACCAGUGUUUCACUGUUAACAAAAGGGCCGACUCCAAGAACAAGCACCUCAUAGCUCUCUACACGAAAGAUGAGUACUUCGCCAUCGUGGCGGAGAACGAGCAGGAGCAGGAGGACUGGUACCAGGCUCUUAGCGAGCAGAUGAGCGAGGGCAAACGUGGGCAUCUGGACUCCGACGACCUGGAUGACGGCUACGGCACGGUGUUGCCAGGCACCGUCUUCAAAGAGGUGUGGCAAGUCAACGUGAAGCCCAAAGGCCUAGGACAAAGCAAAAACCUGACUGGAGUCUACCGCCUCUGCCUCUCGCCCAAGAGCAUCCACCUGGUGAAGCUGAACUCGGAGACGCCGUGCGUCAACCUGCAGCUGAUGAACAUCCGGCGCUGCGGCCACUCGGAGAGCUUCUUCUUCAUCGAGGUGGGCCGCUCGUCCUCCAUCGGGCCCGGUGAGAUCUGGAUGCAGGUGGACGACUCGGUGGUGGCCCAGAGCAUGCACGAGACCAUCCUUGACACUAUGAAGGCGCUAAAGGCCUUCGCUGAGUUCCGGCCACGCAGCAAGAGCCAGUCCUCGGGCACCAACCCCAUAGCCUUCAUCACUACGCGACGCCACCUGCUGCCCAGCGCCGGCGGUAGCCAGUCGGGCCUCCACCGGCGCUCCAGGACCGAGUCGAUGGUGGGCACCCCGCCCAGCAGCAAGUCCAGCGGGGCCAGUGGCUGGGCGAGCCGCUGCCGGACCUCCAGCGAGGGUGAGGGCACCAUGAGCCGGCCCUUCCGCUCCGUCACCGGCAGCCUGCUUCACCUCAACUCUGGCCGGCCCAGCCUGGGUCGCCAAGAGGCCUCCAGCUCCGUGGGCGCUGGCAGUAGCGGUGGGGGUGGGGGUGGUUGUGGGCGCUACGUGCGCGCCCUGGCCGGCUCCUCCACCUACCAUACGCGCUCCGCCUCCCUGCCCGUCUCCCACUUCCCCUCCACCAGCAGCCCCGUCAGCGUCUCCAGCAGCAGCGGCCACGGCUCGGUGUCGGACACCCUGACGCGGCCCUCCAGCGCCUCGCUCUGCGGCUCACCCAGCGAUGGCGGCUUCAACUCCUCGGACGAGUACGGCUCCAGUCCCGGCGGCGACAUGCGCUACUUCCGGGUGCGCAGCAACACGCCCGAGUCGCUGGGCAACACGCCGCCCAUCCGCGAGGAGCACAGCCUGAGCGACUACAUGGCCAUGGGCUGGCAGCGGGAUGGAGAGAGCGGCCUACGGGACGACGUCUUAGAAGAGGACCGCUUCGCCAACUCGGUGCGCAGGAGAACCCCCUCCUUCUCUCGGCAGCUACCCAGCGGAGGCGGAGGGGGCGGAGGCGGCGGCGGCGGAGUGGCCAUGUACCAGAAGAUGACCCAGACGGCCCUCUCCCUGGACGAAGUGGUCGGCGAGGGGAGCCUGUCCUCUUCCCUGCGCUCCGACUACAGCUCUUCCUCAGAGCACAGCCAGGCACGGGCGCCCCACCACCACCACCACGCCCCCCCUCCUCUCAGCCCGCCUCCGCCUGACGAGGGCUACAUGCCCAUGAUGCCCGGUGUGCUGGGCCCUGGUCUCACCCCCGGGAGCGAUUCGUCCGAUUACAUGCCCAUGCAGCCCAGCAGUGGCAGCAGCAGCAGCGCCGUGCUGUCGCCUACCAUGUCUCCGCAGGCGCGCAUGGCCUUCACCCGGGCCUCACCCAUCCACCUGAGACGACAGCAGCCUCAGCAACACGAGGAGGAAGAGGAUGCCAGGGGUUACAUGAUGAUGCUGCCCGGGGCCGGCAGAUCCACGCCUCAGUCUCAUCUCGCCGCUGGCGGCUCCACAGAGCAGUCUGGGAACGGGGAGUACAUGGACAUGACCUGCGCCCCGAGGAGGACGCAUCAUCAUCACCACCCACGCGACGUGGCGAGCGAUGCCCGCUACGUGCCCGAGGUGCCCGGCGCGGCGUCCACCCCGUACUUCUCUCUGCCGCGCUCCUACAAAGCGCCCGCCAGAGGCGCCGGCUCCUCGUCGUCCUCUUCUUCUCAGCACGACGAGUACGUGCCCAUGAGCCCGCCCGCAAAGCCGGUACCCUCGCCGGUGGUGGUGGACCCCUCCUCUGCCCACCUCGCCAGCCGCGCCGUCCGGCCCACGCGCCUACCCCUGGGCCGGAGGAGCUUUCACGGCACUACCCCUCCUCCGACGGCGGCGGCGGCAGCGUCCAGAGAGGCUCCCCCCAGCCCCGGGGAGUACAUCAACAUCCAGUACUCUGAGCACCGACCACCGCCUGCCUAUAGCUCCUCCUCCAUGGGCCGUUCAUCCUCCACCCCCUCUCCUCCUCCUCCUCUCCCCCCCCCCCACCAGCACGAGGACUACAUGUGUUUAGACUCCUUAGAAAGAUGCUACCCGCCCCCCUCCAACACCACCACCACCACCACACAGGCCCCACCGCCACGGCCAUCACUGGUGGCCCCCUGGAACCCCCCGAGCUACAUCCGGCCAGUGCCCUCCUCCUCCUCCUCCUCCUCCUCGGCAGCCGACGGGAGCAACCUGCCAGACAGCGACUACACGGAAAUGACCUUUGGCCUAGGCAGGGCCGACGCUGGCAGUCCCUCCGCCAUGCUGCAGCACUUGUGCGUCCUGGAGUCGCCUCCGGUGGCGUCCGAGCCAAAGGUCAUCCGGGCGGACCUGCAGGGGAGGCGCAGACAUAGCUCUGAGACCUUCACCUCUGUUGCCGUGUCCCCAGGAGGGACAACUGUCACGGGCACCAACAGCUCAGUAGGUGGUGGUGGUGGUGGUGGUGGUGGAGGUACCUGUGGCCCCUCCCCCUUCUCCUCUGCCUCUGCCUCUGCAUCCCAAUCCCACUCUUCCUCCUCCCCUCGCCAGGCUGAGGGUGCCCGCUGGCAGAGCCCGUCGGCCUUCGACAGCGUUUGGAUGUGUGUGGAGGGCUCCUCCACAGCAGCACAUGGUAGUGUGGUGGCCUCGGCUGUAGUAGCUGCUGCCAGUGCCCCCUCCUCCUCCUCCUCCUCUGCAGACGCGGGGGGGCCCGAGGGUCUGAACCCCAUGCCUGGAUACCUGUCUCGCAGCAGCGCCAACGUCCCCACAGGAUAUCAAAAUGGCCUCAACUACAUCGCAUUGGACUUGCAGGAGGAUGCGGCACCCCCACCGCGGCCGGGCGCCACCACAGCUUCCAACGUGCCCUCGUCGUCAUCGCAGAUGCCCGCUGGCUCAGGUGCAGCACCGGUGGAGAACGGAGCCUACGCCAGUAUUGACUUCAGCAAACGCGAAGAGCUGUGAAGCACAUCUACGGGCUGAAGAUUGAACGUGCUCCUCGUCCGACGUCUUCUAGACUGGCUGCUGGGGCUCACACCAACUUUGUCCUCAACGUGAAAACCAGCCGGAGCAGAGAGGUGGACUUGGCUGGCGCUCCAUCGAAGCGACUUAACUGUUGUUGUCAUUUGCUUUUCACUCUGUGUGCCUCAGUGAGCAGCUGCGUUGGCAUGAUUUUUUUCUUUUUUUUUUGCUUUAAUCACUUUGAGACUAUUGCUUUUUUUUUGUCGUUGUUGUUGGAAAACAGCACACAAAAGGGAGAUAUUCCGCGUGGCCCAGGCAGGUCAGUUGGGUCAAAUUGGAUCUUUGGGAGGGGUCCGAGAGUCGGGUGGCUUAAUGUGGGGUUUAUACACACACUUCGGAUCUAUGUGUCCUUGUUCAGCUCUGCAAAUUGGAAGUGUUCCUGUUGUUUUGACUCGUUUUGAUCACUGGCAGGUACUGCUCUUGGUACCUCUGCAUUAUUAUUGGAUUGGCACCCGGUACUUCUAGUGUGUGUGUGUGUGUGUGUGUGUGUGUGUGUGUGUGUGUGUGUGUGUGUGUGUGUGUGUGUGUGUGUGUGUGUGUGUGUGUGUGUGUGUGUGUGUGUGUGUGUGUGUGUGUGUGUGUGUGUGAGGUGUUCAGGGAGGUUGAGUGAGUGGGUGGGUGAUGACAUGCAGGUCCAUGCCAAGCCCAAGGUACGAUGGGUCGAGCAUUCCUGCAGUAUGGUACCAUGGCCACCGAACCGCUUCCAUCCGUUCGGACACACACACACACACACACACACACACACACACACACACACACACACACACACCAUCCUCACACACAGACGAGCACAAAAACACUCAAGCAUCUGGGGCAUGUUCCAAAAGCAGGUUUAGCUUCUUAUCUCUGUAUGUUAACUCUAGCCAAGUGGUAAAUCUGGUAAUAUGAGUGACCAACUGUGGCUCUUGUUUUGGUCGAAGCAUGUGAAAGUCUCUUUUAGUAGAUGUUUUACAGCUCUCUGGGUUUCACCUAGCCAGGUUGCUCAGAUAAUCUUUUUGGAAUAUGGCGUCUGUGUCCCAUGUCUCUGUACCCCCAAAAUCUAUAUUGGCUUUGCCAGCACAACGCAGUAGUAAUGCAAAAAAAGGGAAGAAAGAUGGCUGUCUUUUGACAACUGCUUAUACUGAUCCUUAAGGAGCUGUAACGAGACUUUUAGCAAGGGAAAAAAAUGGGCCAGUAAAACACGAUCAUAAAAGAGCACAAGAAUUUAUAUUGAUAAUCAUAACUUUACUACUUUUAGUUCUAAGGUACGUUGAAAGGGCCAACAAGCUACAGGUUGGGGAGUAAAGUGUUUCAGACGUGGCUUGGCAUUGUCAGAUGGUACAGGUCACAUGAUUUCAGUCACACAACUGAGUGGUGUGUUGUGUCGGUGACGGGUUUGAUAAAGGUCUAGUGUGUAAUUAUUAGUCUUUCAGCAGUUUUCCGUAAUUGGUGUUGCCCAUUCACAAAUGUCAUGCUUUUGAUGAGUAUUUGCUACCACUGUCCGUUUCUAAAUAUUCUGGCUGUACACUUUUCAUACAUGAAACAUACAUAAUCCACCAUUGUGAAUUACCAAUCAUAGACGUCUUUUCGAUUGUAAAACAAUCUCUGUUAAGACUGUGAAUGGACAGCAUCAUUUUGGGAAUAAACUACUAAGAUUUACCCACUAGACUUUUAAUAUGGUCCUGUGGUUGUUCGAAGUUGCAUUCAGACAUUUCGUCUUUCUGAGUAUGUGCCUCACUUUUAGCUUUUGAGAUACCUCCACUUGGGAGGGGGAGAGGGAGGGGGAGGGGGAGGGUUGGCUUGCAAAAAUGUUUUGUUUACCGAAGUCGUGAAAAGGUUGGCAAUAAGAGCUGGUUCUAGUACGUUUUUGGCAGAUUUUUUUUGUCCUCCAGGAAUUUUGAAAUGUGCCAUGAGUGUUUUUCCCUUGCUGCAGUGCAGAGUAAUCAUUGUGCUGUUGUACUCGCGUGUGGGUGCGUGCGUGCGUGCGUGCGUGCGUGUGGGCAUGUAUGUUUUCUUGAUGUACUGUAUGUUGUUUGAUGGGGAAAAUCAUUCAAGAUACAGUGGAGAAAGGACUGCAUACGGAGGACAAACCUUGGUACUUUUUUCACCCCUAGAGAUUCUCUGAUUUGAUAAUUAAAUAUGAUUAAAACAAAUUAUUUUUAACAUAACCAUAAUAUUCUCUGCGCCUAAAACCUGUCAAGGCCUAGCGUCCUUAUUAAUUUAAUAUGACCUUACCAAAUAAGCAGAAAUGCUAUAUUAGUUUGUUCAAUUGGGAGAAAAGAGGGAGAGGUACGGGGAAAUAUUUUUAUGGUUCAUCUUGAUGGUUGUGUCUCAGCACAAUGAGUGUAAUUACUGAUUAAAACAAUAAUAAUACUUUUGCUAUCUGUACAAAGGUACGAAAACACUACUUCAAUUGACAAAUCUAGUUAUGGUUCUUAUGCGGCUGGGUUAGUUGAUUGUUGCGGUGAGAGGUUGGAGAAAAUCUAUAAAGGUGGGGAUGAGUAUUUGACUGAAAGUACAGUGGUUGAUUCUGACCUUGCUCUUUAAGCGUUAAUGUUGUGGAGAUGUUGCUUGGUCUGCUUUAAAGUCAUGAAAUGUCAUUUAUUUUCCAAACAAAAGCCAUUUGAACUGAACGUAUUAGAUGUAUUCCUUAAAAAAAAUGUAUUUUUUAUUUUUCUUUCUUGGCACAAAAAAAUAGACAAUGUUUUACACACUGUGGUUAGAGAUAUUUUAAUCUUACUACCAAGUGACCAGAAACUGAAAGUGUUUUCCCAGUUCCUUUUGGAAUCAUAUUUUGUAUGCCUAACUAACGCCCUUCACUGCUACACAUUUCAAAUGAAAAAUAAAUAAACAUUGUUCAGUUUUAAUAAAAAAAAUAUUCACCUCUCCAGUGGAGAGACACAAGUUAUAAUAAGAAAAAUAAUAGUUUAAAAAGCGGAAAUGAUGGUCUAUUGUGUGAAACUGCUUUAAAAUAAUUUAAUGUUGUAUUGCGGAGGCUGUAGAGAAGAAGGCUAAAGAUCUGUGUGAGAAGGGAUCUGUGGUUUCUUUUUCUUUGUGAAGACAUGUUGCUUUUUGUCAAAGCUUUGCCCCCAGUGUUUGGUAUCUUGCAUUUAAUUUUGCCAUGGUGCAGCACAAAAAAAAAAAAAAAAUGAAUGCAAUGAUUGUGGCAAUGUGUGUGAUGGCAGUGAUAUGUUGUUAUUGCCGUGCAAUUUGAAAAAGACGACAUAACAUAUUUCCGUUCUGACAGUAAAGUUGAGUGUCAGCUACUGGGGAACAAACUGUUUGUUCCCAGCUUAUAUAUAAUAUACCCUCCUUUUGAAGUGUGUGUGUGUGUGUGGAAGGAGAGACAUGUAACAGCAGGUCAGGACUACAUUCUCAAAUGUAAAUACUCUUGCUUAUUUUUCUUUGUUAAAUGCACCCCAAUGCGCUACUUUCUGUCCCUUACACUCUCUCUCCCUGAUUUUUUUUUUUGAGAGAGAGAGAGAGCGAGGGAGCCCCAGUUGAAACAUUUUGAGCGUUGCAUAGUGGUUAUUUAUCUGAUUUUUUUUUUCUUUCAACAGAGCUAUUGCAAUAAAAAUGUGUUCAUGUAA